AUGUCUUCUGGGGUUGCAGCUACACAGGCCCAAGAAAACAACGUACUCUCUCAUGAGAGUGGUAUCAAACCAUAUUUCGAACAAAAAAUUCAAGAAACUGAAUUAAAUAUUAGAGCUAAAAACGAUAACGUGAGAAGAUUAGAGGCACAGAGAAAUGCACUAAAUGAUAGGGUUCGUUUCAUAAAGGAUGAACUUCGUUUAUUACAAGAACCUGGUUCCUAUGUCGGCGAGGUUCUAAAAGUUGUCUCUGACAAGAAGGUACUAGUUAAAGUUCAACCUGAAGGGAAAUAUAUUGUGGAUGUUGCAAAGGAUAUCAAUGUUAAAGAUCUAAAAGUAUCACAAAGAGUAUGCUUGAAAAGCGAUUCUUACAUGUUACAUAAAAUCCUAGAAAAUAAAGCCGAUCCCUUAGUGUCUCUAAUGAUGGUCGAAAAAGUACCCGAUUCAACAUACGACAUGGUUGGUGGUCUAACUAAACAAAUCAAAGAGAUUAAGGAGGUAAUUGAAUUGCCAGUGAAGCAUCCUGAAUUAUUUGAGAGUUUGGGUAUUGCUCAACCAAAGGGUGUCAUAUUGUAUGGUCCUCCAGGUACUGGUAAGACCUUACUAGCGAGAGCUGUAGCACAUCAUACUGACUGUAAGUUUAUUAGAGUUAGUGGUGCCGAAUUAGUACAAAAAUAUAUCGGUGAAGGUUCACGUAUGGUUCGUGAGUUGUUUGUGAUGGCAAGAGAACAUGCACCAUCUAUCAUAUUCAUGGAUGAAAUUGAUUCUAUUGGGUCUAGUCGUGUUGAAGGUUCUGGUGGUGGUGAUUCCGAAGUGCAAAGAACUAUGUUGGAAUUACUGAAUCAAUUGGAUGGGUUUGAGACAUCGAAAAAUAUUAAGAUCAUCAUGGCUACAAAUAGACUUGACAUCCUAGAUCCUGCAUUACUAAGGCCUGGUAGAAUAGAUAGAAAAAUUGAAUUUCCGCCUCCAACUGUAGCUGCUAGAACUGAAAUUUUAAGAAUUCACUCAAGAAAGAUGAACUUGACUCGUGGUAUUAACUUAAGAAAGAUCGCAGAUAAAAUGAAUGGAUGCUCUGGUGCUGAUGUGAAGGGUGUAUGUACCGAAGCCGGUAUGUAUGCUUUAAGAGAAAGAAGAAUACAUGUUACUCAAGAAGAUUUUGAAUUAGCAGUUGGUAAGGUCAUGAACAAAAACCAAGAAACUGCAAUUUCUGAGGCUAAAUUAUUUAAGUAG